AAAAUUAUACGUAGGGUGUGAGUCGUGAGAUUAAUGUUCGCGUGUGACACGUGGCAUGGCACCCCCAUGGGGAGGUUCUUGGCGACUGUAAUGGCGGCAGCAGUCAUUGCACCUUAAGCCGCGAGUGAAGCAACAUGCACCAUAGACAAUAGAGCGAGUGUACCUACACCAUGCAGCGGACGUCGUCGAACGCCUCGGAGGGUACCUUCUGGACGACAAUAGAACUGCUGGCUGACCGCGGCCGGCGACGGUCGGCCAAUGAUAUCGACGAUCUGACGUCCAUAGACUCUGUGGAAACUACGAGAACUACAUCGGCCCUAAGCUUCGCACAUCCGCAUGUCCGGGCCCGGCUGGAGAAGCACAUGGGCUCGAACCUGGUGCGCCUGACAGACAAGAGCUACAUGAAUGAGCUGGAGGAAAGGAUUCGCGCCGUCAAUGAGGAAAACCUGAACAAGAGGAUCUCAUCUAGAGUCCUCGACGAAAUGGAAAGGCUAAAACGACUUAUCCUGGUGGGGAAGACACCGUUGAAGGAAUGUCCGCCUGAACUCUUCCAUCACCCUGUAUUCGUGUUCUGGAGGAUGGUGAACAGAGAAGUAGCGAGAGCGUCCAAGAAGCGAGCGGAUGCGUAUUAUAGAAAACUGAAAGCUUCACAAAAGAUUGAUCAAGGAGCUGACGAGGAGACUGAAGCCGAAGCACUGAGUGAAGAAGGCCAGCAGUUGACCCCUGAGCAGCUGCUUGCGAAGUGCGUCGCCGAGUUGGAGGAGAUCAAGCAGUCAGACAUCGAAAAGGGCGUCCGCUUCAAUGACGAACAAUUCGCCGUCCUUAAAUAUGAAGCAAAUGAUGUUAAAAUACUUAAAAACCUUACUACUGUGGAAGAACUAUACGCGUUGGCUGACAAAAUUAUCGGAACAAAACGUCUAUGAAUCGCACAACUGGGUGAAGAAAUAAUAAAAACUUUUUAGUAUUUUUAACUUAAAUCUAAACACUGUUUUACAAAUGGCGUUGUCUGUUUAAACAUUAGAAUGAUUAGAAAUGUAAGACGAAAACAAUAAAAAUAGAGAUUAUAAGCAAUAAUGUGAUUACAUAAAAAUUAAACACUUUUUAAACAUAACGUCUUUUAUUUUAAAGUUCUAACUACCUAUUUAUUACCUUAAUAUAUUAACUCGCACUACUCUACAUUUACCGCAAUGAUUUACAAAAAUAAUUAAUUCAUUUUGUGCGAGAAAACUGUUGUUUUUAUGUUAUAUUUAAGCUUGUACUUGACUACAAAUAUGCCAGGUACAUAGCAGUUCUGAUGGCUUAGCGUCUGUUACAUCAAGAAGUAGAUUAGUAUUAGAAGUAAUGACCCUUGAGUCUGCACGUAUUGUGAUGGAGGAGGAUCCUAACUGAAAUCCUGACCAAGCUUUAACAGUCAAGCAGAGGAUCACUUGUUUUUGGGGUUCCGUAUUCCACAAGGAACCCUUAUAGUUUCGUCAUGUCCGUCUGUCCGUCCGUCCGCGGUUUAGCGCAGAGACUAUUACUGCUAGAAAGCUGUAAAUUGACUUGAAUAUGUACAUUGAAAAUUUGAACAAAGGUUUAAAAUAAAAUCUUGAAAAGUGUUUUUUUAAGGGACCUCCCCAACAUGUAAAGUGGGAAUAAUUAUUUUUACUCGUUUAUCUCAUAGUGUAGGUAUCGUUGGAAAUGUAUUUAAAAGAUAUAAAUAUAUAAAAAUGUUAAGCUUUUAUGAGCUAAUUUUAGUUAAGAGUCAAGUGUCCCCACCCUCUACCAGCUAAACGGUUUACUAAGGAUACGUAAAAAAAAUUACAAAAGUAGGAUAUAUAAUGAAAUUAGAGGAAAACUAUAACGACUAUAUACCUAACACGUGAUUUCGUAUUCAAAAUUUAAAAAAUGUCACCCGGUGGUUACUGACAACCCUUCGUGGAUAUCAUAGAGUAGGUAGAUGAUACUCGUAUAUCCCAGAUGAUGUUGUAUUUUUGUUAAUAAUGGCCUUUACGGAAUACGAAAAAUGCAAUGGCUAUUUGAUUUAAUGUUUAUUUUAAUAAGUUGUUAUUAGUGAAAAGACCAGCAAGAUAUAUGACCGCUAACUAAACUAAAACGUGUUAAAACAUGGCUAAAACAAUUCUGCCCCUAUGACGUAUGGAGAUAACAUGAAGCUUAAUUAGUAUUAAUUUGAUAUUGUUUUCAUGAAGCAUCUCGCCCUUGUUACUCUUGGACCCAAUCAAGCGAUGUAAACAUUGCACACUCUGCAUAACUAAGCAAUCUUUUUCGUUACGUCCGUCUUACGUCAUAGUGGACUCAUUAUCUUCAUUAGCUCUAAAGGUUAACUUCCUUUUUUUAAGGUUCCGUAGUCCACAAGGAACCAUCAUUGUUUCGUGUCUGUCGUUGUGGCUGUCUGUCCGUCCGUCCGUCUGUCAGAGGGCGCAGAGACUAUUUCUACUAGAAAGUUAUAAAUUAGCAUGAUAUAUGCACAUUAAAAAUGUGUCAUAAAAUAAAAUCUUAUUAGGUUAGGUAAGGUUAGGAAAUUAGGUUAGGUACCUCCCCUAUGUGUAAAGUGGGGAUGAAUUAUUUUUACUCGUAUACAUCAUGUAAUGUCUUAUACAAAUAUUUUUUUUGAUUUAGUUAUCCGUUUGUAAAAUAUUAAGCUUUUAAGAGCCAUUUUUUUGUUAGAGCCAAGUGUUUCAUAACAUGUGGUAGGUUUAGACGUUUAAAAAAAAUAUACACAUUGGUGUGGUUCAAUAAGAUUUAUUACAACACACAAACAAACAAACAUCAACAUCAAUUAUUAACAAUUAUAAUUAUUUUGUGAUAUAUGUUGUGUUAUUUAUUGAUUUCCUUUAAACUUAAUUUUAUCUAAGUACUUCCCACUUUAUAUAGACACAAUAUUAAGUUAUUACCUUGACUAGAUAUUACUUUCUAAUGUAGUUACUGUAUUAUUUUACA